UUGACACUGAGCUCCGCUGCCCGCCCUUCCAUCGCGCCACCGCAGACCACCACCACCACCACAGCCGCGAGCGCCACUUCAAUCGCAUCCGUAUCCGCAACCGCAAUUGCCAUUGCAGUUACGACGUCCCUUGCUUUUCCAUCACCGACACCGCCACCGCCAUCGCUACGCUGCCUCUCCCGCCGUCCGUCCCACCACCACAACCACGCACAAGGGCACCUCAAUGGCGGCCGCACCCCCCGCACCUCCUGCAGCCGCAGCCGCAGCAUCAGCAUCAGCGUCGCAGUCAACGCCCUCGUCAACGGCAGCAAAAGACGUGCCCCGCGACCCGGUGCCGAGGAACCCGAUCCCGUUGAGCGCGGGCCAGGAGCAGCAGGUCCGCGACCUGUACUACAAGCGCGUGCGCACGUAUUGCGCGGAUGAGAUUAGAGACUUUGCGUCGUGCGCGCUCAACCGCACCAUCAGCGCGACAUGGGCGUGCCGGCCGCAACGCCUGGCCAUGAACAGCUGCAUGGUGGUGCACGCGACGCAGGACGAGAUGGACGCCGCGCGCGCCGAGUGGUUCGCGACGCGGGAGCUGCGCCGCCGCGAGCGCGAGGAGAAGGAGCGCAAGCGCGUCGAGCAGGAGAAGUUUCAUCGCGAGUGGUGGGGGCUGGAUGAGCAGGGGAGGCGGAGGGUCGAUAAGAAAUAAGACGCGGAAAGGAAGAGUGGGGGUGGGAUGGAAGCUUGGCUCAGUGGUGCAGAGGAAGGGCAGGGAGUGUGGGCGCGGAGAUGAGCAUCGGCGUGCCUCGCCGCCGCCGACUUGUUCAUUGCAUUCUACGGCGUUUUCGAGGGUGGGCUUGGUAUCUAUAUGUUUCCGCGACAGGGCGUUCGAGCACACACGCACAAAUGCUCACGACACAGACGCAGACGGUGGGGGUGCGGUUGGUGGGUGGGCAGCAGCUAGCUGGACGGCAGGGCAGGGUAUAUCUCUGUAUCACAAAACGGUGUCUGUGGAUUAAUGUGUCUUGCCGCGCAUUGGCAUUGUAGGUUUCUACGCUGUGCUGCUGUGCUAUACCUUGCGCGCGGG